AUGAAGACCUGCAUCGUCCCCGAGGCCUUCCUCGUGUUCACCAGCAGGGCCACCAUCCACAGGAUCUCCCUGGAGACCAACAACAACGACGUGGCCAUCCCGCUCACGGGCGUCAAGGAGGCCUCCGCGCUGGACUUUGACGUGUCCAACAAUCACAUCUACUGGACGGACGUCAGCCUGAAGACCAUCAGCCGCGCCUUCCUGAACGGGAGCUCGGUGGAGCACGUGAUCGAGUUCGGCCUCGACUACCCGGAAGGCAUGGCCGUCGACUGGAUGGGCAAGAACCUCUACUGGGCGGACACCGGGACCAACAGGAUCGAAGUGGCCCGGCUGGACGGGCAGUUCCGGCAGGUCCUUGUGUGGAGGGACUUGGACAACCCGAGGUCGCUGGCCCUGGACCCCACCAAGGGCUACAUCUACUGGACCGAGUGGGGCGGCAAGCCACGGAUCGUGCGGGCCUUCAUGGACGGGACCAACUGCAUGACGCUGGUGGACAAGGUGGGCCGGGCCAAUGACCUCACCAUCGACUACGCAGACCAGCGCCUCUACUGGACUGACCUGGACACCAACAUGAUCGAGUCAUCCAACAUGCUGGGUCAGGACAGGACCGUGAUCGCCGACGACCUCCCACACCCCUUCGGCCUGACCCAGUACAGCGAUUACAUCUACUGGACGGACUGGAACCUGCACAGCAUCGAGCGGGCCGACAAGACCAGCGGCCGGAACCGCACCCUCAUCCAGGGCCACCUGGACUUCGUCAUGGACAUCCUGGUGUUCCACUCCUCCCGCCAGGACGGCCUCAACGACUGCGUGCACGGCAACGGGCAGUGCGGGCAGCUGUGCCUGGCCGUGCCCGGAGGCCACCGCUGCAGCUGUGCCUCCCACUACACCCUGGACCCCAGCAGCCGCAACUGUAGCCCGCCCAGCACCUUCUUGCUGUUCAGCCAGAAAAAUGCCAUCAGCCGGAUGAUCCCGGACGACCAGCACAGCCCGGACCUCGUCCUGCCGCUGCACGGGCUGAGGAACGUCAAGGCCAUCGACUACGACCCACUGGACAAGUUCAUCUACUGGGUGGAUGGACGCCAGAACAUCAAGCGAGCCCGGGAUGAUGGGACCCAGUUUGAAAAACAGCAGGCGUCUAAGAAAACAAGAAAGCAGAGCGAUGUCUUGGAAGGGGUCUGGGAUCCUGGGUUCAGCCGUCAGGCGGCCCUUCGGCAGGAACAGGACCGGGAGAGCGACAGUGCUGGUGGGAGGGCGGGCGCUGAAUCCACGUGGCCCUUCAUCCUGACCACCCCGAGCCCCAACCAAAGCCCAGACAGGCAGCCCCACGACCUCAGCAUCGACGUCUAUAGCCGGACGCUGUUCUGGACGUGCGAGGCCACCAACACCAUCAACGUGCACAGGCUGGACGGGGACGCCAUGGGCGUGGGAGCUCACUACCUCCCAAGCUGGCUGUCCCUGGCACAGCUUCCCCUCCUGAGGGCUGUUUACCUCCAGGAAGGCCCCUGGUGCGCCCCCUGCGGGCCCGCGGGCUCUCUGACGGGAGAUGGCACCUGUCCGUCCACCGCCCCCCCCACCCCCCCCAGGUACCUGUACUUCACCAACAUGCAGGACCGAACAGCCAAGAUCGAGCGCGCGGCCCUGGACGGCACCGAGCGUGAGGUCCUCUUCACCACGGGCCUCAUCCGCCCGGUGGCCCUCGUGGUGGACAACACGCUGGGCAAGCUCUUCUGGGUGGACGCGGACCUGAAGCGCAUCGAAAGCUGUGACCUGUCAGGGGCCAACCGCCUGACCCUGGAGGAUGACAACAUCGCGCAGCCCGUGGGCCUGACCGUGCUGGGCAGGCAUCUCUACUGGAUUGACCGCCAGCAGCAGAUGAUCGAGCGCGUGGAGAAGACCACUGGUGACAAGAGGACACGAGUCCAGGGCCGUGUCGCCCACCUGACCGGCAUCCACGCCGUGGAGGACAUCAGCCUGGAGGAGUUCUCGGCCCACCCAUGUGCCCGGGACAACGGCGGCUGCUCCCACAUCUGCAUUGCCAAGGGUGACGGGACACCACGGUGCUCAUGCCCGGUCCACCUCGUGCUCCUGCAGAACCUGCUGACCUGUGGUGAGCCUCCCACGUGCUCCCCGGACCAGUUCACCUGUGCAACGGGGGACAUCGACUGCAUCCCCGCGGCCUGGCGCUGCGACGGCUUCCCGGAGUGUGACGACCAGAGCGACGAGGAGGGCUGCCCGGUGUGCUCCGACGCCCAGUUUCCCUGUGCGCGGGGCCAGUGCGUGGACCUGAGGCUGCGCUGUGACGCCCUCUGCCUGCCCAACCAGUUCCGCUGCGCCAGUGGCCAGUGCAUCCUCAUCAAGCAGCAGUGUGACUCCUUCCCCGACUGCAUCGACGGCUCCGACGAGCUCAUGUGUGAUAUCACCAAGCCGCCCUUGGACGAAGGCCCGGCCCACAGCAGUGCCAUUGGGCCCGUCAUCGGCAUCAUCCUCUCGCUCUUCGUCAUGGGCGGGGUCUACUUUGUUUGCCAGCGUGUGGUGUGCCAGCGCUACACCGGGGCCAACGGGCCCUUCCCGCAUGAGUACGUCAGUGGGACGCCUCACGUGCCCCUCAAUUUCAUAGCCCCAGGUGCCGCACAACACGGUCCCUUCACAGGCAUCUCAUGCGGCAAGUCCAUGAUGAGCUCCGUGAGCCUGAUGGGGGGCCGGGGCGGGGUGCCCCUCUACGACCGGAACCACGUCACCGGGGCCUCGUCCAGCAGCUCCUCCAGCACCAAGGCCACGCUGUACCCGCCGAUCCUGAACCCACCGCCGUCGCCCGCCACGGACCCCUCCAUGUACAACGUGGACGUAUUCUACUCUUCGAACAUUCCCGCCCCCGCCAGGCCCUACAGGCCCUACAUCAUCCGUGGCAUAGCGCCCCCGACAACGCCUUGCAGCACUGACGUGUGUGACAGCGACUACAGCGCCAGCCGCUGGAAGGCCAGCAAGUACUACCUGGAUUUGAACUCGGACUCAGACACCCACCCGCCCCCGCCCACCCCCCACAGCCAGUACCUGUCGGCGGAGGACAGCCGCCCCCCUUCGCCCCCCGCCAGGGAGAGGAGCUAUUUCCACCUCUUCCCGCCCCCGCCGUCCCCCUGCACGGACUCGUCCUGACCUCGGCCGGGCCACCCUGGCCUCUCUGCGCCCCUGUAAAUAGUUUUAAAUAUGAACAAAGAAAAAAUAUAUUUUAUGAUUUAAAAAAUAAA